AUGAAGUUGUACAACAGCGCACUCGAGGCACAUUCGAAGUACCUUCGCAUCAACGUCCCGGCUUUCGCGUGCAAUUGCUUCUAUACGGCCGCACAGUCCGCAUGGCAGAGAAGCUCCAGUGGCUUUGCAAGUACUUCGUGUCUGAUUCGCAACCCAUGA